AUGAUUGAAUCUACAACUUCGCAUCAAGAUUUUCAACAAAGAUCCAUGACAGGGUACGCCCUGGAACACCCAUCCUAUCGGGUCAGAGGCGCCCUAUUCAGGCAUCAAGAUGAUGGACGUCUCCUUUCAGGUUGUGGUGGUGACAUAGAAGUGAUCCAUGCACUUGAAAUGGAAAGAUCUCAACAUACAGGUCUUCCAGUUCGAGUGACAAAUGUCGUUGUAUUCGGAUCUAAUGACGUCGUUCGUCUAAUUCAACCAAUUGAAGGAACCGAAGACGUUAUUGUCAAUGGAGAUUAUCAUGUUUCCAUCGUUCAAUCUGUCGAAUUAUUCGAAAGUUCAACUGUUUCGAAGAGUCGAAUUUUGAAACUUCCCGGAAAAAUUGUAGCUGCAAAUGCGGAAAAGCAUUCGAAUACAGAACUUCUAUUGGUUUUUCUUCUGGAAACAGGUCUAUACCAUUACUCGUUUUGUGCUCAAACAUCCGAACACUUCCAAUGUAUUCAAGCUUUUCGGUGCAACCGCCCAAUUACUAGUGGACUUCUCUGGAGAGAUUCAGGUCUUCUCCACGUGGCAUAUUAUGAUGGAUUCGUUCGGGUUGGAGUAGUUCAUGAGCAAUACGAUGAUAUGCUUUUAGUGAAAAGAGUAGCUGUAAAUAGAAACAAUUUGGCUGUUCUUCUGGAUGUUGUCUUUGAAGAAAUUGGAAGAAUUCAGAAGUUUGAGGAUACGGAGAAACAAAGAAGAGAUGAUAUGUUGACUACUUCAAAGAGUUUGUCAGAGAAGCUAGUCACAGAAGAAGAAGUUGUUGAGGGAGACACGACGAAUGACGAUUUCGCUAAAUUGAAAUUUGAAUUCAAGAAUCAGUCGAUCCGGUGCGAACGAGUCUCCACACGACUGACUUCACUUCGCAAAUUGAUUUCAAUAAUAAAAUCAGCAUUGGAUAUAAAUGAUCAAAUCGAACAAAUGAUUGCACUUCUAGUAGAUCAAUUAGGAGAAUUAGAGAAACUCGAGCAGUUAUGUGAAGAAGUUCAGAAGACUGGAAAUCAGAAUUUAAUUGGAAAGAGUUGGAUAGCAGUAGAGGAGAAACGGAUGGUAGUGGAUGAACUGAUAGCAAAAGUGAACAGUGAUCAAAUCAAGAAACAUUCGGAUGAAUGGGAUCAGAAGAUUGAUCAGAUUAUCGAUCAAUUGAAUGGAUGUUCUGAAGUUGCAAAGGAUAUGAGAAUGAUUUUAAGUCAGAAUAUAUUUGAACACCGAGGAGAUAAAAAAGAUGUUUUCACUCAUUUCAUUUUGGAUUCACAGAGUAGAGAUAUCACUUUGUAUUGUCUUUCUGGACUGACUACGUUGGCGAUUUAUCCGAGGAAAGGAAAGAGAGUUGCCUCAAUCUCUCUGGACGCCUCAUUUGCCACGUGUCUCACUUCUGCAUGUGCAAUGAAAUCCGUCGAAGGUGUCUAUGUAGCUGAUCAGAAUGCAGUUUUCCCAAUCUAUUUCUACAGGGAAAAACGCUACUUGGAUGCUGGAAAUCAAUUGCAAAUUCCAGCUUUCGAUAGCAUUUCCUCGAUUCUCAUCGAACCACAUCAGAUGAUUCUUGGAAGUGUAACCGGCGGUCUUCUCCAUCUGUCAUUCGAUUUUGCUUCCAAUUUCGAGCAUUUCAUAAUCGCAAGCAGCAUGCUGGCUCAUCCGAUUUCAUCUGGAGCUGUCAAUUGCAUCAAACUUCUUGCGACUGGAGAAUCCCUUCUUGCUCUUCAUUGCACUGAUGCUGAAGUCGUCGUUUCGGAAAAAGAUCAAGAUAGAUGGCAUCGAGUGACACAUCACACUGGAGGAGCACAUUCGAUUGCAGUCACUCCAUUUUCAGUUGAUGAGAGAGGAGCAUUUGCGGUUGUUGCAAGUGAUACAUUCGUUCGAUUGAAAGCUUUGCAAUAUGCGGAAGAAAGUUUGAUCGGUCUCCACGAUCUCGGUGAAUCCCGCGCAGAAGAUGAAAAUGGACAUCCGAUUGAAGUACUGAAUGUCAGUCUGGAUCCAAGUAUGCAGUAUCGUCAACUUCCAUGUAAACUCCGUUAUGCUGUCGGCUUCUCGGAUAAAGCAAUACGAACAUACGUGGCUUUACUCACUGGACAACACGAUUUCACUGUCACUGAGAAGUUUAUUGCUCAGAUUGAACCAUUGUUUAAUGUGCAGAAUAUGAUUUGUUUCCAUGGUCGUCCAAUGGGUUGCUAUGUCAGUUGUGCUAAAACUCUUCAAAUCUGGAAUGAUCUGGAUCGUCAUCAACAGAAAAAGCUGAAAAGUGAACGAAUGCAACUUGUGAAACUCUCGUCAUCAGUAACAUCAAUGGAAAGAACAGAUGGAUUUCUUCUUGUCGGAUUCGCAGAUGAUCGGCUUUCAAUUUAUGAAGAGAAAGGAAAUGGGAGUGUUGAGUUGGUUGGAACUGUUGAGGAAUGGCACAAAGGACUCACUGAUCGAAAUGUUUUAGGACUUCGAACGAGAGCAUCGAAGACAUCAUGUGGUACUCGAUUAUUCAUUCACUCAUUGACGGGACAUCAUAUUGUCAUUCAUACUGUACUUGUUCAAGCUUCAAAAAUUGAACAGCACGAUUUCAUAGUGGCUCAUGAACAUUCAAUGAGUCAACCGAUUGGAUUCGAAUUUGUUUCAUAUAAAUAUUUCGAGUUCUUGGUCUACGGAAGAGGAAUUUCCAACGAGAAGCUAUCAGUCGAAGAUCGAAAACGAAUGGAUUGUUUCCGGGAUUUCGAAUUCAACUAA